AUGCCGCUUCGUGAGAUCGACCCGAAUUUCGAGAGUGAGCUCUUCGAACAGGCCAAGGCAGCAUUAAACGCAAAGUUCGGGGUUUUCCAAUAUUGGCUCCCGUUGCCGCUCCUCCUCAUCGAUGUCAGUGAACACGCAGAGAAGCAACUGCCUUGCCAUGAACCUGUCGAGGAAACCACCGCCAUCAGUGCCCACAUGUCGGUGCGCAUCCGUGCAUUGUAUGAGCAGUUGACUGCCGCAUACAACGAGGUCGAGGAUCUGCCAGCCCGCAUCGACAUGGAGCUCAUAAUCGAGCCGCAACGAUUUGACCCAGAGGAGCCAGACUGCUACCAUCGCAGAUAUCACUCGCGCCGCCUGCAGCUGCACGACCCAGAGAGAUUACCAGACCUGCCAUUUGUGAGUCGGCUGACCAUCAGGUCAGAGUGCGGUGGGGACGCCGAUACAGCGGAAGACAUACGGCCUCUGUCUACCCUCGUGCCACUGCAGUGCCUCGUCCAUCUGCCGGCUGUACAAGAGUGGAAUGCCAAGUGGUUGUGGGAGCGGCCCAUGCCCGCCUCCACGACGAGUAGGGUGAUGAACGAGCACUUGAGCCGGCCGUGGGAGGGCCCCUUACGAGACGCCCGUCACGAGUUCGGUGCCGCCAUCUUGAACCAGGAGAAACAUCUCUGCGGGAAAAGGAUCCCCUCCAGUCUGACCAGAGCCUCAUUACAUUUCUGGCCUUUCUUCUCACUCGCCCAGCAUGACCAGUCCGUGGCCCGGCCAAAUCUGAUCUAUCCUGCGGACAAAGACCCAGUGUCUGUCGGGCUGUGCAAGCUCGGUACGCAGCUAAGCCUGUUCGACGUACGUGCUAUGGUCACUUCAGACCUAUUCCCUAGUCCUGAGGCAUCAACCGGCCACCAGUGGUCACAGAUGCGGCGGUUCCGGCUCGAGUUUCAUUGCCUCCGUCCAGACGGGCGGUGGUACUUUAUCGGCCCUGGUGGUGAGGAUCCACACGACUCUGAACAAGGAGGGUAUAAGAUCUCAGACGCAGAACACUACCCCCGCGAAACCGAUACGGACGAGGAUAUGGACCUCGACGGCGAGUACCACGACAGCCCGACCGGCGGGUCUGAGUACGAUUACGAGCUAGACAUGUUUCGCAUCGAGCCCUGUAGGGAGCGAAUCGAGCCCCUGCUUGCGGCAUUUGCGAAGUCUCUGACACGCGACAAUAUGCCGAGCCUCGAAGACGCUGAGAUUUUCACGCAUCUGUGGUGGCAACCUUCAGACGACAGAGAAGUGGAGCAAAGUCAAUUGCCAAUGGAUAACGGCCACAGAUGGGGUGUCAAGUUCAUUGCUGGGCGUGGUGAUAACAAGCAGAAGGACGGCGAUGCUGUUGCUGCGGCACCCACUCCAGUGGUGCAGUGGCAGGUUGGCGACUGGAGACCCAGCGAAGAGGUCAUGAGUUUAUUCAAAAACCUAGGACGACAGGAGUGGCUCGAUUUCGAGUGGAACAGGUAUAGACAUACGGCGGGGUUCGACUUGCUAGGCAACUCUCAGUCUUCACCCAUAUAG